AUGGCUUCUCAAGCAACAGACAGGACAGCAGAGGCUACUACCUCCAUGGCAGCAAUGAAACUUGACAAAAAAGCCGAAAAGGAGCGCCAGAAGGCGGAGAAAGCCAAAAAUAUGUCGAGCAAACGCUACCAGGCGAGAAAAAGGGUCAGUAGUAGUCGUAGUAUUCGUCACCCAUAUCCGCCGCUAAGUUCCGGAUGCUCUUUAGUCCUCGGGCCCCUCGAUUCACCGUACCACUCGGCCUAUAUCCCGGGCGUCGUCGAGUCGGCCUGGGAUGCGUGGUGGGCCAAGAUGGGUUUUUUCGAGCCCGAGUUCACCGAGGACGGCCAGAACCUUGCCCCGGGUGCCUUCGUCAUCCCGCUCCCUCCCCCAAACGUCACUGGCGCGUUGCAUUGUGGCCAUGCCCUGGGAACGGCGCUCGAAGACCUGCUCAUCCGCUGGCACCGGAUGAGAGGCUUCACCACACUUUAUAUCCCCGGGUGUGAUCAUGCCAGCAUCAGUACCCAGUCCGUUGUCGAGAAGAUGCUGUGGAGAAGGGAGCGCAAAACCCGCCAUGAUCUCGGUCGGGAGGGCUUUGUCGCGAGGGCACUGGAGUGGAAAGACGAGGUACCACACCAAAAUCAACAAAGUGCUCCGGCGGCUCGGCGGAUCCUACGACUGGACCCGCGAAGCCUUCACCAUGGACCCCCAGCGGAGCGAAGCCGUCAUCGAGGCCUUCGUGCGCCUGCACGACGAAGGCUCAUCUACGGUGCCAACCGGCUCGUCACUGGUGCGGACAUCCUCAACACGACCGUCUCCAACCUCGAGGUCGAAAGCAUCCACCUUCCCGGGCCGCACCAGCUCACCAUCCCCGGCUACGACCGCAAGAUCGAGUUCGGGCGUGCUGACCUCCUUUUUCCUACCCCCUUCCCGAGGGCACCGAGCCCCCCCACACCCCCACACACCCCGAAACCAUCACCAUCAGCACAACCCGCCUCGAAACCAUGCUCGGCGACGUCGCCAUUGCCGUGCACCCCGACGACGCCCGCUACACGCAUCUGGUGGGCCGGUUCGCGCGGCACCCCUUCGUGGACCGGCUGCUCCCCAUCAUCGCGGACCGCGUGGCGGACCCGUCCUUUCGGCAGCGGCGCGGUCAAGAUCACGCCGGCGCACGACGCGGCCGAUUUCGCGGUGGGCGUGGCGCACGGGUUGGAGUUUGUCAAUGUACUGAAUGAUGAUGGCACGAUGAAUGCGAAUGCGGGCAGGUUUAAGGGGAUGAAGCGGUAUGAUGUGCGGAGGGUGUUGGGGGAGGAGUUGGGGAGGUUGGGGUUGUUGGUCGGGGAGGAGCCGAAUCCGAUGACGAUUCGGGUGUGCUCCAAGUCGAGGGAUGUGAUUGAGCCUGUGGUGAAGCCACAGUGGUGGAUGAGUAUGAAGGAGCUGGCGGGGCCGGCGAUGGAGGCGGUUAGGAAGGGGGAUAUUACCAUCCGGCCGGAGACGGCGAGCCGGAGCUACUUCCAGUGGCUGGAGAAUAUCAAUGAUUGGUGUUUGUCGAGGCAGUUGUGGUGGGGGCAUCAGAUCCCGGCGUAUCGCGUUGGGUUUGCUGCUAGUGGUGGCGGGCUGGAGUCAGAGGGCGAGGUCUGGGUCGUGGCGCGGAGUGAGGCGGAGGCGAGGGAGAAGGCGGCAAAGAGGUUUCCUGGGAGGGAGUUCUCGCUGGAGAGGGAUCCGGAUGUCCUCGACACCUGGUUUUCUUCCGGGUUGUGGCCCUUUUCUACGCUGGGCUGGCCGCACAAGACGCACGAUAUGCAGAACUUGUUCCCGAAUAGUGUUCUGGAGAGUGGAUGGGAUACCCUGUUCUUCUGGAUUGCGCGCAUGAUCAUGCUCAGUCUGAAGUUGACCGGCCAAGUCCCCUUCCGGGAGGUGUAUUGCCACUCGCUCAUCCGGGACGCACAAGGCCGCAAGAUGUCCAAGUCUCUGGGCAAUGUGCUGGAUCCGGUGGCGGUCAUGGAGGGCAUCUCGCUUGAGGCGCUGCAGGAGAGUUUGAAGACGGGAAACCUCGACGAGUCCGAGUACAAGGUCGCCAGCAAGAACCAGAAGCUGUCGUUCCCGAACGGAAUUCCCGAGUGCGGAGCGGACGCACUACGGUUUUCCCUCAUCAGCUACACGACAGGCGGCGGCGAUGUCAACUUUGAUAUUAAGGUCAUGGCGGGAUACCGCAGGUUCUGCAACAAGAUUUACCAGGCAACCAAGUACGUCCUCGGGAAGUUCCCAGCCAGCUACGUCCCUCCGUCCAAGCUCGCAAAGACGGGCAACGAGUCUCUCUCGGAGCGCUGGGUCCUCCACCGCCUAAACGUUGCUGCCCGAGCUGUCCAGGAGGCUCUUGAGAAGAGAGAGUUCUCGCGCUCGGCGCAAGCUGUGUAUCGGUACUGGUAUGACGACGUGUGCGACGUCUUCAUUGAAACCUCCAAAGCCGUCCUCCAGGACGGAAGUGACGCGGCCAAAGCAAGCGCCAUUGACACCCUUUAUGCUGCCGUGGAAGGCGGUCUUACGCUCACGCACCCGUUCAUGCCGUUCCUAAGCGAGGAACUGUGGCAGCGGCUGCCCAGGAGACAGGGCGACUCGACUCCGUCGAUUGUCAAGGCGCGGUAUCCUGAGUACUGCGCGGACUUGGACGAUGGCGAUGCUUCUGAGAAGUUUGAGCUCGUCAUCUCGUGCGCCAAAGGCAUCAGAUCGUUGGCAGCUGAGACGGGGAUCAAGAGGGACGGAGUCGGAUAUGUCGCUUGUCAAAACACAGCCGACCUUGCCCUUCUUCGGGCUGACAUUGGUCCUCUCAAGUCAUUGAUCGGUAAAGCCGUCGCGUCUCUGACCAUGCUCAGGGCUGAAGAAGGGAAAUCCGACUUGGAAGGAUGUGCUGCCUUUUCGGUCUCGUCAACCACGACGGUAUACUUGAAGCCUGGUCAGACCAAUUGA